AUGGGUGCCGCAGUAUACAUCAGAGUGGACAAUCAUCAAUCUGAGCCACUAGUCAUCUUGGUGAGUGCAAAAACCAAGGUCGCACCAUUUAAGAAAAUGACAAUUCCUCGCUUGGAAUUGACAGCUGCUGUCAUCUUAACCAAUCUGGUCAUCUACAUCAGGAAGAUGCUGGAGAAAGAGAAUUUACCAGUCUUUCUUUUGUCUGACUCCACGGUGGCGCUCACAUGGAUCAAUGGACACCCAUCAAGGUGGAAGCAUUUUGUUCAGAAUCGAGUUAUCAAAAUCCAGAACUCAUUACCAGCAGCUGAAUGGAAACAUAUCAGGGGAGUCCAGAACCCACCAGACUGUGCAUCACGGGGAUUAUCACCAGAUCAACUAGUAAAUCAUCAGCUGUGGUGCAAUGGUUCAUCAUGA